CGUUACCGACGGGCUCUCCAAAUUCGUCCAAGGUAGAUGGGCCUGCACGAUCGUUAAAAGUUUCUCGUGUUCGCUCUGGAAGCUUGCGAGCCAAAGCUCUUGUUAAGAUUAUUAUAAAUUAAUGGCUUUCAUGAUGUUGAGAUCACCAUAUAAAAUGAUCAACUCUUUCAAGCAUUAUGUGUACAACUCGAGUAGAUUUAACCAGUAUGGUUUGAUGCGGGAUGACGUACUUCAUGUAACCCCUGAAGUCGAAGAAGCGCUUCGACGUAUACCUAAACACAUAAGAGACGAACGCAACUUUCGCCUCUUUCGUGCUAUGCAACUUGAUAUGAACAGGUCUAUAUUACCUGAGGAACAGUGGACAAAACUGGAAGAAGAUGUAUUAUACCUCACGCCAUACGUUAAAGAAGUCAUUAAAGAAAAUGAAGAGAAGAUACAAUGGGACAAGGAAUAAUCAGCCAACCGAUCCAUGAAACCGAUGAUUUAGUCCGAUACAGCAACUAGUAUUUGAAUUUUAAUUGCUUUCAUUUACAUAUGUCUGUAAUCUUUCUUUCCCGUGUACAUAAAAUAUAUAGCUGUUAACCGAUG